AUGAGCUUCAGUCCUUGCUUGGAAGUUGAAUACGACCCGGCAUUGAAAGAAAAUUGGACUCUAUUAAGACUUCGCCAAGAAGUAACUAGAUUUAAACUUAAAGUGCCAAAAAACGCCAAAAGGUUGACCUUAGUGAGAAUUCUUAAUAGUGUUGAAGACUCUUCGCAUAGUGACAAUACAACAGAAACAGUGGAUAUAUCAGACAUAGCAGAUGAAGCAAAUACCAUAUAUGGUGGUGCGCGAUCCCAUAAUGCACCAGUUAGGAUUCAAGAGGAUCACGUGGCUCCAACUAACGGCACUUCAUCAAAUGAAGGAAGAACUCUUAUAAACUUAGUUUCGAGACUAUCGUCGACCGUACAGUCUCUACAGCAAAAUGUGUCGGCUUUAAACGGGAAGGUGAACUCUCUUUUAGUGGUACAACCAUAUACUCGUCAGGAAGAAGUAGAUGUCCCUACUUUCACUUCAACCGGAAGUGGGCAUAGUGAAGAUAUAAACAACUCGGGGAAUUCCCAUAACUUGGAGUCGGCAUAUGCAUCUUUAAAUAGAACCACUAUACCAGCAGCGGCAGCUGGAAGUGCAAACCAGGAAGCGAGAAGUGUGAGAACGUCUAGGGGAUAUUCAGCGGAAACUCUGCCAUUCGUGGAGACUAUUUCUCCCCAGCUGAGAAAGAACAUAAUAUCAGAUGGAGAAAUUUCGAAAGCUGGCACCAAAAGCAGAUCAGAUACCCACACCUUGCCUAGCUCCAGCUCAUUUGAUGAUGGUCUAAUUAAACAAGUUGAAGAACUAUGGGAGGCAUCCUUAUGUAUAAGUACUAGAAAGACUUAUAAUUCUGGAUUUUUAUGUUUUAAAACAUUUAUGGCUAUGACUAAUCAGCAUCAUAUAAAUAGUGUGCCUAUAAUAGAUGAAGAUUGCUUAAUUUAUUUUGUAACCUAUUGCAAGAAUUCUCUUAAGCUAGCCCAUGCUACAAUUAAAUUGUAUUUAGCAGGAAUUAGGCAUAAUUAUUUAAGAAUAGGACAUCCUGACCCUUUGUCAAAUUGUGCACGCUUAGAGUGUAUAUUAAGAGGUAUUAAAAAGUCUCAGAACAAUGUUAAACAAAAGAGAUUACCUAUUACAUCUCAAAUUUUGAAACAAUUGUGCUGUAUGUUACAGCAAGGAGUUUUUUCUCCAUUCGUCGACUUUAUGUUACAGUGCUCUUUUAAUCUAGCUUUUUUUGGAUUUCUCCGAUGUGGUGAAUUUACGUAUAGUAGUAAAAUUGCCAGGCAGGACACACUUUUAAAACAUUGAUUUCGAUUUAAACUUUCAAAAUUUCACAGUACAUCUGAAUUCCUCCAAAUGUGACCCAUUUCGAGAAGGUAUUAACAUUACUAUUUUCGAAAAUGAUAUUUUCAGCCCAGUUGAUUUGAUGAGAAGAUAUAUACAAGUAAGAAAAAAUCAUGGAGCUUGGCCAGAUUCUUAUUUAUUUGUUAACGAAGAGUAUAAUAACGCUCCUUUGUCUAGAGAUACAUUUAUAGCUCGGCUUCGAGAGUCCCUGUUCAGAUUAGGGUAUAAUGAUAGUAAAUUUUGUGGUCAUUCUUUUCGAAUUGGUGCUGCUACAUCAGCUGCAGCGGCAGGGGUCGAGGACCAUAUUAUUCAGACUUUAGGAAGAUGGUCAUCCGAUUGUUAUAUACGUUACAUUAGAACUGACCCAAAAACUGUUUGCAAAGCACAAAGCAGAAUGUGUUGUUCCUAAAUUUUUGAUAAAUGUUCAGUACUAUAUAUAUCAAAGAGUUAUAAAAACUACAUUUUGUUGAAUCUAUAUAGUAUGGUUUUUUAUUUUAUGCGUUUUCAUUUUCAUAUAUAAAUUCCAUUCAAGUACUAUUCUCUUUAUGGUAUAUGGAAAAUUUUGUAUUAUCAUUAUUAUAUAUAUUUUUUAUUUUUUUUAUAUGUAUAUGUAUCAUUUCUUGGGGGCUUUCACUCAUACUCGUUUCAAUUUGGCCUACUUAAUUUCAGGGAAAUUAUUUUCCCCCAAUUCAUUAACACAUUUUAUUAUUUAUUUAGGCUUUGUUUUAUUUAAGGGUGAUAAUUAAGUUAUUUUUUUUUGUACCUGUUGGAAUCUACCGCAGGAAUUCUCAUUUUUCAAAUUUAUACUUGUCUGGGCUCUACCAGUCAGGUUCUAAUAGUACCUGUUGGGAUCUACCGCAGGAAUUCUCAGUUUUCAAAAUUCAUACUUGUCUGGGCUCUACCACUCAGGUUCUAAAAGUACCUGUUGGGAUCUACCGCAGGAAUUCUCAGUUUUCAAAAUUCAUACUUGUGUGGGCUCUACCACUCAGGUUCUAAAAGUACCUGCUGGGAUCUACCGCAGAAAUUCUCAUCUUUCAAAUUAAUACCUGUUUGGGCUCUACCAGUCAGGUUUCUUAAAUUAAUUUUUCACCUGUCAGGGCUCUACUGCAGGUUCUUAAAUUGCAUAAUUUAGACAAUUUACUUUUUAAUUAAUUUAAAAAUUGUUUUGAGUAGGUAGUGUUUUUUCAUAUGGUUAUUUUUAUUUUUAUUGUAAGUUUUAACGAGAAGCCCCCUAGAAAGCCAAAUGAUACAUUUAUUAUUAUUUUCAUAUGUAUUUAGUAUAAAAGAUGUAGAAAUGAUUGUGAAUAUGAUUUUAGUAUACUGUGUAUACAAUAGUGUUUUAGUAUACUAGUUUGUUAAUAAAAUUAGAAUAGUUAUUAUAAAGUUUUGCGUAUGAUAUCAGUAUCCUGUACGGCAAGAUAUAUGUUCCAUCCUAGUUGAACAUUUCCUUUUCUACUCUAAGCAUCUAUAGAAAUAUAGAUAAAUGUGGUAUGAUGCAUGAGACUAGUUAUUGUCUAUAAGGACACAUCAACUGUUCUUGUGGUAUGGUAUAUAUGUAUGAGACUUGUUAGGUUUUAGGCGGAGAUUUCUACUUGUUCUAUGUGGUAUGGUUCUUGAGACUUAUUUAUGUACUUAAAGACAUUUACAUUUGUAUGUGGUAUGGUAUAUAAGAAUUGGUAGCAUUUAUUAGGAGACAUCUAUUGUUCCUUGUGGUAGGGUACAGGAGACUUGUUAAUGUGCUUUAGAAGACAUCUACUGUUUUAUUGGUAUGGUAUAUUAGACUUUUCAGUGUUCAA